AUGGCCUACCUGUCAAAGGCCGAUGCAGCGGCGAUAGACGCGGAGCUGAUGGGCCCCGGUGGCUUCUCCCUGGACCAGCUGAUGGAGCUGGCGGGCCUGUCAGUGGCCUGUAGCCUGGCGGCGGAGUACCCCGCGGCCACCCACCCUCGCGUCCUCGUCCUGGCGGGCCCGGGCAACAACGGCGGCGACGGGCUGGUGGCGGCGCGCCACCUGCGCCACUUCGGGUACGAGGUGGCUGUGGCCUACCCGCGCCCCACGCAGCGGCCCCCCUUCCAGGGCCUGGUGACCCAGCUGCGGCGCGCGGGCGCGCGCCUGGUGCCCGUGGAGGACCUGGGCCCGGACGCCCACGCCUGGCCCGCCGACGUGGUGCUGGACGGGCUCUUCGGCUUCAGCUUCCGCGGCCCGCUGCGCCCGCCCUUCGAUGCGCUGGUUGCCGCGCUGGCGGCGGGCGCGGGAGCCGCCGCACGGGCGACGGGUGCCGGGGACGCCGUGCUGCGCCCCUGCCCCGCCCUCGUCUCCAUCGACGUGCCCUCCGGCUGGGAUGUGGAGGCCGGGGACGAGGCAGGGCACGGCCUGCGCCCGGACAUGCUCGUCUCGCUCACGGCGCCCAAGCGCUGUGCGGCGCGCUUCGCCGGCGCGCACCACUACCUGGGCGGACGGUUCUUGACCCCCGACCUGGCCGCCCGCUACGGUCUGGCCGACCUGCCCCCAUUCCCCGGGACGCAGCAUGCCCCCGCUCCGGCGCCCGCCCCGCCGACCACGGCCUCGCCGCACGCCGACCUGCCCGGCAUGCGGCAGAGCUACACGGCGGGGACUCUGGAGGAAAGCGACGCGCCCGCCGACCCGCUGGCCCUGUUCCAGCGCUGGUUCGGCGACGCGCGCGCGCACCCGGGCGUGGCCGAGCCCAACGCCAUGGUGCUGAGCACGCUGGGCGCAGGCAGCGCCCCCAGCGCGCGCGUCGUGCUGCUCAAGGGUCUGGACUCGCGCGGCUUCGCUUUCUUCACCAACUACGCCAGCCGCAAGGGGACUGAAUUGGAUGCCAACCCAGCCGCGGCGCUGACCUUCUUCUGGGAGCCGCUGCAGCGCCAGGUGCGAGUGGAGGGCUUCGCCCGCCGCCUCCCUGCCGCCGAGUCGGAGGCCUACUUCAACAGCCGGCCUCGCGGCAGCCAGCUGGGCGCCUGGGCCAGCCGCCAGAGUGCGCCGGUGGCAGGAAACGGUCGCGCCGCGCUGGACGAGCGCAUGGCGGAGCUGGAGGGGCAGUACGCCGACGAGCGAGAGCCGGUGCCCUACCCCGAGCACUGGGGCGGGUUCGUGCUGGAGCCGCACGCGCUCGAGUUUUGGCAGGGCCGGCCCAGCCGCCUGCACGACCGCCUGGUGUACGAACGGCGGGGCGGGGAGGAGGGCGGCUGGACCCUGACGCGGCUGCAGCCCUGA